AUGAAAGUACCAGAGUGUGAGGAAAUAUACAUUGGGGGGGACUUUAAUGGACAUGUGGGAAGGAUGAAUGACGGGUAUGAGAGGGUGCAUGGGGGCAGAGGUUACGGAGUUAGGAACCGAGACGGUGAAGCUCUACUUGAAGCAGCCUUGGCCUUUGACUUAGCAAUAGCCAACACAUUCUAUCAAAAACGGGAACAACACCUUAUCACAUACCGUAGUGGUCUACACUCUACCCAAAUUGACUACAUUCUUUUAAGAAGAAACAGGCUAAAAUCGGCCAAGGACUGCAAGGUAAUACCGAGUGAGAGUCUCGUCUCCCAGCAUAGGCUACUGCUCCUAGACUUAACUCUGAAAGUUCAGAGUUUAAAUAAGAGCCCGAAGCCCCCAGUUAGAACGAAAUGGUACAGAUUGGAUGAUAGGGAGGUGGCUGCAGAAUUCCGGGAAAGAGUGGUUGGUAAAAUGAUAGAGAUGGGAGAUAUGGUGGGGAUGGGAGUAAACGAGUGCUGGAGUGAGAUGGCAAUGUGGGUGCGAAGUGUGGCAAGGGAUGUCUUAGGGGAAACGAAAGGGAAAAGGAAGAUAGAGAAGGAUACAUGGUGGUGGAAUGAGGAACGCCAUCUAGAAGUAGAUUCUGACAACAACAUAAUCAUGACCGAUAAGUGUUCUAGCUGCGGUAAAUUCGUUGCAUCGUCAGAUGGCGUUAAGUGUAGUAAAUGCAAUACAGUACAUCAUAAACAAUGCGUGAAUGUAAGUGCGAAUUCAAAGGUCGGCCCGAAAUGGUAUUGUAAGACUUGUAAACGCAAGCCUACUUAUGCUGAUAACGGCGAAACGUCUGGAGAUGUCCCUCGGCUGGCAGAACCAUCAUCCCUUUCGGAAGAAAUUAAGCUUCUUCGGUCAGAGAUUAACUCUUUGCGCAAAGACAUAAUGUCCGUAAUUUCAUCUACGAAUACUGAACUUCAGAACAGGCUGGAAGUCAUAGAAGAGAGAUUGUCCAAGUUGGAGAACCAGCACCCCCUGGAAAACCCGACACAAAGCGUUGAUAUUAAUAAAACUAUAGAACGACUCUAA